AUGCCUCCGGUAGCUAAGCGUGCUAAGAUUGCCGAGGCAGAAGAGGCCCAACACCUAGCGGAUAAUGAACCAUCCCUUAUAAGUGAAGAUGUCGACUUUAAUGAUGAUAAUAUUAAUGCCGAUGAAAAUGACGAUAACAUCGAUUUCUACCAAGCAGAUUUAUCUCCAUUAGAAAAUGAUGUUGGUAUAACUGAAUAUAUCAGUCAACUUGAUCCCAUUCAAGGCUCGAUCAAGCAAAGAUUUGCCGAUUUCAUUGUGCAUGAGAUUAACUUGGAUGGACAGAUUGUUAAACUGGAAAACUUGGAUUUACCUACAAGUACUGAAGAGAUCAUCGAAGACACGGAUAAUAUGAUAUCAACGGAUUUAGAAAAUCGAUUACAAGAAUUAUCAUCAAGUCACAGCAGCAAGAAGUCUGUUAUAAUAGACCUAAAAGAAAAUGAAAGCAAUAAAGAAUGGAGAACAAAGAUGCAUAACUUAAUUCGACAACGUCAUCCCGAUUUAGAGAGUACUACAAUGAUGGAAGAUGAUAAUAAGAAAUAUAUUAAAGUCACAAAAAAUCAAAAAGGUCUCAAGAAAUCAGUUUUUGCUGUAUUUCUUCAUUUAGAAACGGGAAUUGAUAUUUGCAAACGUAUUCGCUGGCCAAAUGAACAUGAUAAAUAUUGCAAAUUUCGCUUAUAUAAAGAAAAUAUUGAUACCAUGAACGCUAUCAAUCUUAUUUGCAAAUUUACCGGCCUUAAACCCAGUAUUUUUGGAUAUGCUGGUACAAAAGACCGUCGAGCGAUUACUACACAAGAGAUAACUGCUUUCAAAGUGCUUCCGAGCAAACUUCAUCAUGUCAAUAGCGUAACACAUAAAGUACGAUUAGGGAAUUUCACAUAUAGCAAAGAUCGUUUAACUCUAGGAGAUUUAGCUGGAAAUCACUUUACUCUCACGUUAAGAAAUGUCAAGGGUUCAGAAGAACAGAUUGAAAAAUCAAUGGCAUCACUUAAAGAAACGGGAUUUAUUAAUUAUUAUGGAUUACAACGAUUUGGAACAUCACAUAUCCCUACCUAUCAGAUUGGAAAGGCACUAUUACUUGGUAACUGGCGUAAAUCGAUUGAGCUCAUUCUAAAACCAACAAGAACCGAUUCGUUUAGGACGAUGGAAGCUCGAGAACACUGGUGGCAGCAUCGUGAUCCAUCCGCAGCUUUAAGACUUUUACGUAGCAGGCGUGGUAUCGAGUAUUACCUUCUCAAAGGAUUAGUAGAACAUGGUUCAACUAGCCCCGUUACUGCUAUAAUGAAGAUUCCUCGAAAUGCAAGAUUACUUUAUGUCUAUUCAUAUCAGAGUUUAAUAUGGAAUCUUGUUGCAUCUAGAAGAAUUAAAGAAUUUGGCCUAAAGCCCGUUGUUGGCGAUCUUGUUAUUAGCAAUAGUGCACGCCAGCAAGAUUUACCGCAUUAUAGUAUCCAUGAUAUUGUAUUACCACUUCCUGGAUAUAACGUAAUGUACCCGCAGCACGAAGCUAAUGAUUGGUAUCAUCAACAAAUGAAAGCAGAUGGGAUUAGCAUAAAAAACUUGGAAAAUCGACACAAAGAAUUUUCCCUUUGUGGCAUGUAUCGGAAACUAGUUGUUAGGCCAAAAAAUUUGUCUUGGUCUACAGCAAGAUACGACGACUUUACCAUACCCCUAUAUUCAACUGAUUUAGACCAAAUCCGACAGAAUAAAAUUAUCAAUAAUUCCGUUGCAGAUGGUAAGAAUUUGGCUUUACUAUUAAGUUUUUCCUUACCACCAUCGUCAUACGCUACAAUGGCUUUACGAGAAGUUAUGAGGUACGAUACAUCUUGGUAUCAGCAGAAAAAAUUGGCGUCUGAAUUUACGAAAUCCCAAGAAGAAGCAACUAAAGUGAACUAA